GAAAAUAUAAAAAAAAAUCACAAAACCUCCCCGAAACAUAAAUAAAUCUCUCUCUGUUCGUGUCUUCUUCAAUCAUCUUUAGGGUUUGAGGAAAUCUGAAACUAUGUUCGAAUACGAUGUUAUGUUGGAUGAGGCCAACCUGUGGCUGGACGAACCUCCGCAUCGUAAGAGGAAGCUGGAAGCUCCACCACCACCACCACCGAUCAUAGACUACACUUUACCUACAACGUUUUCAGAUUCCGACGAGGAAGAGAUCGAUCCGGUAGAACGCGAGAAGUAUCGAAAACAAGUCGUCGAGUCCGGCGGGUUCGAUGUGGACUUUUUCCCAGUGUAUGGAAGCUUAGACCAAUCUGGAUCCACUCCUUCCACUGUACUCUUGAGCAAGUUGGGACUCCAUUCCUACAACUUUGAUAAGGGGACGAAUUUACAAUUCAGGAGUGUACAGAAAGCCAACGAGGAAUUUGCUUCAUUUACUAUGUACUAUAUAACUGUUGAAGCUAUGGAUCCCUUCAAUGCUUCACCUCUUACUUUCCAAACCUGUGUCUGGGAUGCUGCUACUAAGAGCAACGAGACCUCGAGAUUCAUCACUAAAGUCUGCAGAAUCAAAGGAACCAGCAAAGAAACUUCUCUGUGGGACCACGAUGCUGUAGACGAGUUUUAUAAAGAUGAUAUCUCUUGGCUACAGGAUGAUGCUCUUACAGGAAGUGAUAUGCUACAAUACUAUGAGGUGAAGGAAUCGGAUAUGCGAGAUAACAACGAAUGGCUUCAGCUAUAUGCUGAACUUGUAAUGUUCUCCAAGUGGGAAACUGACCUUAGUGCUUAUUUGCCGGUGAAGAUGAAGAAAAUAGUGGUACGAACAAGGGAAGAUGUAGAGUCGAGUAAGAAGCUCAGGUCUAAGAAUGCAACUUUCUACAUGAGUUUCACCGCCUGUGGGGGUCUCCAGUGCAGAGGCAUAAUAAGGCGGACCACGGAUGGAAGACCACAACACAUGAGCUUUCAAGUUAACUGUUGGAUCGAUAACUAGACGCUCCUUUUAUGUAUUUAAUUGAUCUUGCCAUGUUUAAAUACUCGAGAUGAUAUCUUAUCUGAAGCUACCACUUAAUUUGUUUGAAUGUUUGAGAGUUAUUUAUGUUUGCACC